ACCUCCUCUCUCUCUCUCUCUCUCUCUCUCUCUCUCUCUCUCUCUCUCUCAUAUAUUUUGUUGCGUGGCAUGAUGUGCGGGUGAGGCAUUUUGUCGAGCGGUUGGAGAGCACGACGUGAGGUGAUGAGAUGGUCGGCGUCGGGCGUUACGUCGAUCUGCUGUCGCGGUGCGGCGGCGACGCGCGCGCGGUCGCGCGGAUCCAGGCGGCGCUGGUCACGUCGGGGUGGCUGCGGCGGAGUGCCGACCUCCACAACGCGCUCAUCCGGGCGCUCGCGGGGUCCGCGCGCCCGCACCUCGCGCUCCCGCUCUACGCGCACCUCCUCCGCGCGGGCCACCACCCCACCCCGCACACCCUCCCCUCCCUCCUCAAGUCGCUCGCGCUCUCCCCCGCCGUCCCCGGCGCGCGGGGCCUCGCGCUCGCCGUCCACGCCCACGCCGUCAAGCUCGGCCUCGCGGGGUUCCUCCUCGUGAGCAACGCGCUCAUCCGCGUCCACGCGGGCAUCCUCGGCCGGCUCUCCGACGCCCUCGUGCUGCUUCGCACCGCGGCUUCCGUCGACGCCUCCACGUUCAACACGCUCAUCACGGCCUACGCGAGGGCCGGCCGGGUCACCGACGCCCGCGCGCUGUUCGACGAAAUGCCUGCGAGGAAUGCUGUGUCGUGGAGCGCCAUGGUGAAUGGCUACGUGCAGGCUGGGGACGGGAGGGAGGCGCUGGGGUUGUUCGCACGGAUGCAGGCCGAUGGUGUCCGCCCGGAUGACACGGUCCUUGUCGGUGUGCUCGCGGCAUGCGCGCAGCUUGGCGUGCUGGAGCAGGGCAAAUGGGUACAUGGUUACCUCAAGGCAAAUAACAUUAGGAUCACCGUGUUUUUGGGCACUGCAUUAGUUGACAUGUAUGCCAAAUGUGGUGAGAUGCAGCUCGCCAUGGAGGUGUUCAAGGUGAUGAAGGAAAAGAAUGUGCUGGCUUGGACCACUAUGAUAAAAGGCCUGGCAAUGCAUGGUCGAGGAUCGGAGGCAUUGGAGUUAUUCUCCCAGAUGGAGAGAUUAGGUGUGAAGCCAGAUGACAUUGCCUUCAUUGGUGCAUUGUGCGCAUGCACACACACUGGGUUGGUUGACAAGGGGCGGGAGCUUUUUGAUUCUAUGGUGAGGAAGUAUGGUAUCAAACCGAAGAUCGAGCAUUAUGGAUGCAUGGUGGACCUUCUGGCACGAAAUGGCUUGCUCAACGAAGCCAGAGAGAUGGUUGAGAAAAUGCCCAUGAAACCUGAUGCCUUGAUCUGGGGUGCUUUGAUGGCUGGCUGUAGGUUUCAUAAGAAUGUUGAGUUGGCUGAGUAUGUUGUCAAGCAUUGGAUUGAACUGGAGCCUGAUAAAAGUGGCGCUUAUGUGCUUCUGGGUAACAUAUAUGCUGCCUCUGGUAGGCAUGCUUCUGCAAGGGAAAUUAGGCACCUAAUGCGUGAGAAGGGAGUUGAUAAGACACCAGGAUGCAGCACUGUGGAGAUUAAAGGAGUUAUUCACCAAUUCAUUGUUGGAGAUCUGUCCCAUCCUUUUAUAGAAGAGAUUUUGUCUAAAUGGGAUGAGAUUGAUAGUAGGAUAAGGUUGGAGGAAGGUUAUGUGCCUGAUAAGAAGGAAGUUCUGCUUGAUAUUGAAGAAGAAGAGAAGGAAAAUGCACUCAGCCGUCAUAGUGAGAAGAUGGCAAUUGCAUUUGCUUUGAUUAACACAAGUGAUGAUAUGCCCAUUCGGAUAGUCAAGAACCUCAGAGUUUGCCAUGAUUGCCAUCAUGUCACCAAACUUAUAUCUAAAGUAUAUGGUAGAGAAAUUAUUGUUAGAGAUCGAACACGAUUCCAUUUGUUCAAAGAUGGCAGUUGUUCGUGCAAGGACUAUUGGUAGUAAUUAACAGAUCUGUAGAAUAACAUCAGUACUUGAUUCA